GGGCGGGGGGGAGCGGAGCGGAGCAGGGCGGGGGGGGCCGGUGUCGCUCGCGCUGCGGCAGCGGAGCCAGGCCCGGUCCGGCCCGGCCGGUCCGGUUGUGUCCGGUUCCGUCCGGUUCCACCCGGCGCCUCCCUCCCUCAGCGUCCCGCCAUGGCGCUGCUCCGUGCGGCCGCGCUGCCGGCGGAGGGGUCCCCGGCCUGGCUGCCCACCCAUGUGCAGGUGACGGUGGUGCGGGCCCGCGGGCUGCGGUGCAAGGGCGGCGGCAAAGCGGGCACCAGCGACGCGUACACCGUCAUCCAGCUGGGCCGCGAGAAGUACAGCACCUCGGUGGCCGAGAAAAGCACCGGCAACCCCGAAUGGCGAGAGGAGUGCGCCUUCGAGCUGCCCCCCGAGCCCGCCGCCGCCGCCCGGCCCGGCCUGCUGCUCACCGUCAUGCACCGGGCCCUGGUGGGCAUGGACCGCUUCCUCGGGCAGGCCCUGGUGCCGCUGGAGCCCGCCCUGCAGCAGGGCCGAGCGCCCGACGAGCGGUGGCACAAACUGCAUUCCAAGGCUGGGAAGAAGGAGAAGGAACGUGGUGAGAUCCUGGUGUGCAUCCAGUUUACACGCAACAACAUCACAGCCAGCAUGUUCGACCUGUCCAUGAAGGACAAGCCCCGGUCACCCUUUGGCAAGCUGAAGGACAAGGUGAAGGGCAAGAAGAAAUACGACUUGGAGUCAGCCUCUGCCAUCAUCCCCAGCAGCAUGGGUGGCCUUGACAUGGAGGAUGACUACGACAUUGGGGGCAAGAAAUCCAAAGUGAAGGGCUUCUUCUUGAAGAACAAGCUCCGCAAGUCAUCCUUGACUCAAUCCAACACCUCCCUGGGAUCCGACAGCACCAUCUCCUCUGCCAGCCUGGGCUUGGCCUCAAAUCUUCCUGAAGUAACCAGAUCCCCCAGCAGACACAGCAGUGUGUCCAUGGAGCGCUCUGUGAAAGACCUGUUGCCAUCUCCAAAGCUGACCCACAAGAGAGCGUUCAGUGACGAUGUCUCCCAGGUGAGCCCAGUCCUGGAGCCUAAAGCAAUCCAAAGCCUGAAGCCAAAGAACGAUCCCGUGUCCCGCUCUUCCCUCUGCAUCAACGGGAGCCACGUUUACAGCGACGAGCCUGCACCAAAGAGCCCCGUGUGUGUCCCCCAGAGCUCCGGCAUUCCCAGGCGGCAGGAGGAGGGCUUUGGCUUUGCUCCCCUCCAUCCUGACCCCCAGGAGGUGCCUUGGGGGGUCGGCAGCUUUGAGAGGACACAGCAGAGAGACGAGCCCAGGUUCAUCCCGUCUCCUCCCAGCUUAGCCUUGCAGGAGGAGCUCAGGGUCUCCACGAAAGCCGUCACCCUCAGCAACCAUCUGGGCAGAGCCAGGAUGGAAGAGAACAGUCGCUUGGAGAACAAACCAACUCAAGCUGCAGCUCCCAUGGUCUUCUCCACGGACACAACGAAGGACAAGCAAGCUGAGGACACCAAGAAGGAAGACAAGAAAGCAAAGGGCGGCCUCUUCCACCAUGGGGGCAAUAAGAAUGACACAGGGAGCAAAGGGCAAGGGGAGAAAGGGGGAUCUUCCCAUGGCUCAUCCAUCCACACAGGGGGAGAUGAGAGGAGUAAGAGCAGCAGCUGGUUUGGUUCAAAGGAGUCUCCUCAGAAACCCAGUCCUCACCCAGUGAAACCCAUCAGCGCUGCGGUGCAGGAGGUCUCCAGUGAGAAGAAGCAGCAGCACAGGUCCAGCCUGACGACUGCUCUGAGCAAUGGGCUGGAGAAGCUGAAGACAGUCACCACGAGCAGUGUCCAGCCUGUGGCCCCCAUCCGCUCACCUGGAGGACAGGACUCCAAGAAGUUAAAGGAUCCCACCGUUCUGGACCAGGCAGCCAAGUAUUAUCACUUGACCCACGAUGAACUCAUCGAGCUCCUGCUGCAGAAGGAGAAGGAGCUGAGCAAGAAGGAGGAGCACAUCCAAGAACUGGAGAACUACAUUGACCAGCUGCUGGUCCGCAUCAUGGAACAGUCUCCAACACUCCUCCAGAUCCCACUGGGAGAAAACAAGAGCAAGUAACCUCUCCCAGAGACCAGCACUUCUCCAACAAACACGCUGCAAACACCCCUGCACUCCCCCUCCUCUUCCAAGAGGGCUCCAGUGGCUUCUGUUUGCCAA